AUGGAAGAUCUGAGAGUCAAGGUUGACUUCGGGGCAUAUUUACAGCAUUCCCCCCCAAUCUUGACUCGUGGCCCCAUGGGCAUCGCUCUCAAGUCCGGCAAGGAAGAUGAAUUCGGCAAAACUUUGACUGCAGGUGAGAGUCAACAACUGAAUGAUGAAAAUGUGGAGGAGAAACGCGGAGAAAUCCUCGAGUGGUUCAGGCGCGAUGAGGAAGGCAGAGAAUGGAUCAAGCUUCUAAACAUUUUGUUCUCGAUGGCGUCGCUGGCGAUAACAGGAGACAAGCGGUUGAACAUCAAAACCAUCGUGGACGAGGCGUGGCGUAGAGCGGAAGCAACAAAGGAUUAG